AUGGCUAAUGUCACCAUGAGAGGGUUUCUUCUCAUGGGGUUUUCUGCCAAGCCUGAGCUAGAAAUCUUCUAUGCUUCCCUGUUCCUUGUUCUGUACUUGUUGGCUUUUGCUGGCAACAUGGUCAUCAUCACCACGACUUCCCUGGAUGACAGUCUCCAGUCCCCCAUGUAUUUCUUCCUGAAGCAUCUCUCCUUGUUGGAUCUCUGCUACAUUUCUGUGACUGUGCCAAGAUUCGUUUACAACUCUUUCAUGCACAGUGGGAAUAUUUCCCUCUGGGAAUGUGUCGUGCAGUGCUUUGCUUCCAUUGUCUGCGUUUCUGCUGAGCUGUCCAUGCUCACGGCUAUGUCCUAUGACCGCUACGUGGCCAUCUGCCUUCCACUGCACUAUGACGUCAUCAUGAAUAGCAGAACCUGCAUCCAUGGAGUCAUCGGCGUCUGGGUCAGUGGGGCCGUCUCUGGAGCCAUGCACACGGCAGCUACUUUCUCCAUCCACUUCUGUGGCCCCCGUGUGAUUCACCAGAUAUUCUGUGAUAUUCCUCAGCUCCUAAAACUUUCCUGUUCUAAUGACUAUGUCUAUGAGAUCGGUGUCACUGCAUUCUUGGCUUUGGUGGCAUUUCUUUGUGUCAUCUUUAUUGGGUUCUCCUACAUGCACAUAUUCUCUUCCGUGCUGAGGAUGCCAUCUGCGGAGGGCAGGGCCAAGGCCUUUUCCACCUGCCUUCCACACCUCGCCAUUGUCACACUAUUCAUUUCUACUAGUGCCUUUGAAUUUUUGAAGCCUCACUCUGACACUCCAAAUGUGCUGGACAUUUUGCUGACCAUUCUUUAUACGGUUGUGCCCCCAACACUUAAUCCAGUGAUCUAUAGCCUGAGAAAUAGAGCCAUCAAAACAGCUCUAAGAAAGGUAUUUCAAAGAUAA